AGGAAAUGCAGUCAUUCACCAAAAAAUGGCAGGGGUAUCUGGUCGUGUUUUAGUUUACGGAGGAAAAGGUGCUCUUGGCAGAACAUGUGUAGCAUAUUUUAAGUCACAAAAUUGGUGGGUGGGAUCUAUCGACAUGUUCCCAAACGAGGAUGCACAUGCCAAUGUGAUAGUGAAACCAUGUGAUUCUUGGACUGAACAAGAAUCUGAGGUGUGGUCCGGUGUUGAAGCAAUGCUAUCAGGAGAGAAGUUAGAUGCUAUUAUUUGUGUGGCUGGUGGUUGGGCUGGAGGAAAUGCAGCAUCAAAAGAUUUGGUAAAGAAUGCAGACUUAAUGUGGAAACAGAGUGUGUGGACAUCAGUCAUCAGUGCUGGACUAGCUGCCAAACACUUGAAAGAAGGUGGACUCUUGUCACUGACAGGAGCUAAACCAGCUCUUUCAGGAACUCCAGGAAUGAUGGGAUAUGGGCUAGCAAAAGCUGCUGUUCAUCAGUUUGUUCAUAGUCUAGCAGAGCGUAAAAGUGGGCUUCCUAACAAUGCACUGGCAGUUGCUAUCCUUCCUGUAACAUUAGAUACACCUAUGAAUAGGAAGUUUAUGCCUAAUGCAGAUCACACUACCUGGACUUCUUUGGAUUUUGUGUCUGAGUUGUUGUUCAAGUGGGCCAAUAGCCAGGAACGACCAGCUAAUGGAAGCCUGGUGCAGCUAAUAACAAAAGAUGGACAAACAGAACUGAUCCUCGCUUGAAUGUUACCAGUACCUGUUAUACUUGGAUGUUUGUCAUUUUUCGUUAAGGAGAUGACGAAAUUGGUUUUUGUAUCUCUGUGUUGUAAGAAUGUUUGAAACCCAUGGUUGGUGCUGUGUACUAAUUCAAACUUUAUUACUUGAUUUAACUGUUUUCUUUACUAAAUGAUAAUCAAAACAAUAAUUUUUAAGAUGUCUGUGUUUAAUAACCUUUGGUUGAAUAGUAAAACUUUCUUUUUUGUAUGUUACUUUAUCUGGUGAAAUGAAAAUCAUGAGCUAUUGAUGAGAAAAUUUAACAAAACUUCCUACAUGAUUUGGACAGAUACAUAGUUACUUAAUUAUGUUAUUACAGGUAUGAAAAAUAAAAUUUUAGAGUUAUCUUUCGGCAGCCUUAAAGUUUCUUCUUGUUCAGUACCAAAACUCAUCUUCAUCAGGGUUGGAUGUAUUUCUGAUAGACAAAAAAAAUAAUAUAUAUAUAUAUAUAUAUAUAUA